AGAAUGAGUCGGCAGCAGAGUCUCGUAUGGACCGGAAGUUAGGCCGGAAGGAGGAAAACACUAAUGUAGCUAGCUGGUAGCUAACCAUGCAUAUAUUAUUUAGUGUACAGGAUUCUGCUGACCCAUCCAACCCCCCUCUCUCCUGCUCCACUGAACCCAACCCUCCGGAGUCACUGGUUCCUGACUCUAACCAUAGAGACAUCGACACCUGCAGUGAAAUACCCAGAUUUAACAUUGUAGUCAAGGAGGAGGAAGACUGGGACAAAACUGAAGAGAGACCUGACCACUGCUCUGAGAGUGAAGGGAGUCCCUCUACAACAGGACUACCUGAACAACACCAGGGGAAUCACACAGCUAAGAAGAUUCACUUUUGUUCAGUGUGUGGAAAAAACUGUCACAAGUUAUCAAAACUGCUAAUACAUAUGAGAACUCACACAGGAGAAAAACCUUACUCCUGCUCUGUCUGCGGGAAGCAAUUCAGUGAGAAAGGAAACCUGAAAAAACACCAGACGUUGCACACAGGAGAGAAGCUGUACAGUUGCUCUGUGUGUGGGGAGAGUUUCUCUUCAUCGUCAAAUCUUACCAAACACCAGAGAACACACACAGGAGAGGGUCAAGUGUCUGUAGCUGUAGAAGAGUGUGGUUUUACACCACCACUGGUUAUCAAAGUGAAAGAGGAGGACGAGGAUCCUGCUUUUGCAGAGAGACAUGACCACUGCUCUGACAGUGAAGGGAGUCCCUCUACAUCAGGACUACCUGAACAACACCAGGGGAAUCACACGGCUAAGAAGAUUCACUUUUGUUCAGUGUGUGGAAAAAACUGUCACAAGUUAUCAAAACUACAAAUACACAUGAGAACUCACACAGGAGAAAAACCUUACUCCUGCUCUGUCUGCGGGAAGCAAUUCAGUGACAAAGGAAACCUGAAAAAACACCAGACGUUGCACACAGGAGAGAAGCUGUACAGUUGCGCCGUGUGCGGGGAGAGUUUCUCUUCAUCAUCAAUUCUUACCAAUCACCAGAGAACACACACAGGAGAGAGUCAUGGUUUUACACCAGCACUGGUUAUCAUAGUGAAAGAGGAGGAAGAGGAUCCUGCUUUUGCAGAGAGACCUGACCACUGCUCUGAGAGUGAUGGAAGUCCCUCUACAACAGGACUACCUGAACAACACCAGGGGAAUCACACCGUCAAGAAGAUUCACUGCUGUUUAGUGUGUGGCAAAAACUGUCAGAAGUUAUCAAAACUACAAAUACACAUGAGAACUCACACGGGAGAAAAACCUUACUCCUGCUCUGUCUGCGGGAAGCAAUUCAGUGACAAAGGAAACCUGAAAAAACACCAGACGGUGCACACAGGAGAGAAGCUGUACAGUUGCUCCGUGUGCGGUGAGAGUUUCUCUUCAUCGUCAAAUCUUACCAAACACCAGAGAACACACACAGGAGAGGGUCAAGUGUCUGUAGCUGUAGAAGAGUGUGGUUUUACACCACCACUGGUUAUCAAAGUGAAAGAGGAGGACGAGGAUCCUGCUUUUGCAGAGAGACAUAUCCACUGCACUGACAGUGAAGUGAGUCACUCUACAUCAGGAGAUCCUAAAAAAAAACAGGAGAAUCACACAGCAAAGAGCUCUCACUGCUGUUCAGUGUGCGGAAGAGAUUGCCAAAAGCUAUCAUCACUGUUAAUACAUAUGAGAAUACACACAGGAGAAAAGCCAUACCCUUGCUCUGUGUGUGGAAAGCAGUUCCGUGUAAAAAGACAUCUUCAAGACCACCAGAAAGUGCACACUGGAGAGAAACCUUACGUCUGCUCCAAAUGUGACAAGAGGUUUGGUUUUGCCUCAGCCUUGAAAAGGCACCAGUGGUUACACGCAGAAGAGAAACCUUACUCCUGCUCUGUGUGUGGAAAGGGUUUCGGCCGUCCAGAUCAGUUAAAGGACCACUCUAUGCAACACGCAGGGAAACCCCACUGCUGUUCUGUGUGUGGGAAGGGUUUCAGCCGUCCAGAUCAGCUAAAGGACCACUCUCUGCAACACGCAGGGAAACCUCACUACUGUUCUGUGUGUGGGAAGUGUUUCAGUGAGAAGGGGUAUCUUGAAGACCACCAGUCAGUGCACACUGGAGAGAAACGACACCCUUGCCCUGUCUGCAAUAAGAGUUUUGUAAGAUUAGCAGGCCUUAAAGUCCACCACAGAUAUCAUACAGGAGAGAAACCUUACAGCUGCACUAAAUGCGGCCAGAGCUUCAUUAGUUCUCAAAAACUUCAGAGACAUCAGAAAACUCAUGCUGGUUUACCACCUGUUGAGUUUCAAAACCCUGUUACAAUUGAAGGAGAGCGGGAGGGAGAAGAUGAGGAAGUUGGUGGUCUGAUUAAUUCAGAUGGAGAAGAGGUUGGUUGGGAUCUUCAUCGUCUCGACGAAAGUUCGGAGGGGAGAACCUCUACAUCAGGAGAAUGAACCUAAAGAAACCUAGGGGAAUCUCAAAGCUCAGAGAUACAGUUGCUCUGUGUGUGGGAACGACUGGCAACGGUUAUUUGAUCUGAAAAAGACAAAAUGACAGUGCACACAGGAGAGAAAUCGUACAGCUGUCCUGUGUGUGGGAAGCGUUUUAGACGAGCAGACCUCGUGAAACAACACCUGUGGACACACAAAGGAGACACAUGGGGAGAAACCUUACCCAUGUUCUGUCUGUGGGAAGACUUUAAGCAAGCUCAUCAGACCUUUAAAAUGCACAAAUCGAGUUCAUACAGAAGAGAAACCUUACAGCUGUGCUGAACGUGGCCAGAGCUUUUUGCCAUAGUUUGUACAUCUGCAUUGUUAUAUUGCUUAUAUAGGUCUAUCUCAUUAGUAGCGUAUUAAUAAUUUUAGGUCAUGUAAGAAUGAUGCAUUUAAUUGUUUUUUUCUUUACUUUGUGUGUUAUAAUUAUCUCUUGUGAUUUUCUCCAUGAUGGUGGUGACAUAGAGACCCAACAACGUAUCCCUUCCUCGUAACCAUGUUUGCCAGUCUCUCCCCAUUCAAAUAUUUUUGUUCGUCAGAAAGUUCCGUUAAUAGACCCAUGUAAUUCCAGCUCAUAUUGGGAGGGUUGUUUUCCCAAUGCUUUUUCAGUGCGUCUGUCUGUCUAUAAAAGGGAAUCCUCGUGA